AGUUAUGGCUGGUAUUGCUGGGAAGACAAAGAAGGAUCAUGUUUACAUGUAUAAGUUCAGCAACCAAGGAUCCGGCUCGUCUCCAACGAUUAGCCACUUCUGUGCGAAACUUGAAGUGUGGCUCAAGUUAGCGGGACUCCCGUAUACACCGAUCGACACAGAAAUGCCUGCUGGGCCUUACGGCAAGCUCCCUUAUAUCGACCUGAACGGUGAACAGUUUGGCGACACCUCCAUCAUCAUCGACAUGCUCUCGUCCAAAUUCAAGAAAAAUCUAGAUAGUGGUCUCAGUGAUCACCAGAAGGGUAUCAGCAACGCAGUAAAAAGAAUGUUCGAGGAGCACACAUUCUUUCUCUGUGUUAACGACAGAUGGUUUAACUAUCCCGACCUCUUUAGUCAGUACCUUGGCACGAUUCAGACAUAUCCAGUAUUCCUGAGGCCACUCGUAAAGAUGAUCGCGAAAAGGCGACUCCUCGGUGCAACUUAUGCGCAGGGCAUUGGUCGAUUGCCCGAGGAAGAAAGGAAAAAUAGGCUAAGUCAAGACAUCUCGGGGUUAUCGAAGAUCUUAGGUGAGAAGAAAUACAUAUUGUCCGACGAUAAGCCGACUAGCGUCGACGCCACAGUGUUCGGGUUCAUGUGGGCUGAGCUCGGUGUUGACUCCGAGUACGAGAAGGUCAAUGCGUUCUGUCAAGAGUGCAAGAAGUACGACAACCUGAUGGGCUACUAUGAGAGGAUGGUGAAGCUUAUGGAAGACGCAAAAUAGCUGCGCCGUUUUGCUCGUCCAAAUAAUAUUAUUCUCGCCAAGGCUGGCGUUCAAGUAUUAACGUUACCCGGCUGACUUUAUCAAACUUUUUCGG